CCAUACACGUUCUACUCCGUAUUUGUCUUCCACAUCUCAAAGGCAGUGGGAUUUCAACGUUUUCUUAAUCAGACUCUCAGAUGAUUAUGCGCGUGCAUAUGCUCUCACGAAUCGGUAGGGUUUCAUACAUCCACACAGCUCUGAUUUCAUCCUCUCAAUGGCAGUUUGUGAAGAGCGAUCACCAUCUUUCUCAGCGAUCAACUCUUGAGCAGCCUUGAAGGAUCACAUUUGUUCAUCAUGUUCGAAGCACAUGUCUUACAUUUGCUUAGGAGAUACCUGGGUGAAUACGUCCAUGGACUCUCAGCAGAGACAUUGCGGAUAAGUGUCUGGAAAGGUGACGUGGUUCUCAAAGAUUUGAAGUUAAAAGCAGAAGCACUGAAUUCACUGAAACUACCAAUAACUGUAAAAGCUGGUUUUGUAGGUACUAUAACCCUAAAGGUUCCAUGGAAAAGCCUCGGAAAAGAGCCCGUUAUUGUUCUCAUUGAUAGAGUUUUCGUUCUUGCUCAUCCUGUUGUUGUUGGUAGAUCUCUUAAGGAAGAGGACAGGGAAAAACUUUUUGAGGCCAAACUCCAACAGAUUGAGGAAGCAGAAUUGGCCACCCUUGAAGCACUAUCAAGGUCAAAGCUUGGAGGAAAUCCAGCUGUAGGAAAUUCUUGGCUGGGAUCAUUAAUUGCUACAAUAAUUGGAAAUCUUAAAAUCUCAAUUAGCAAUGUUCAUGUCAGAUAUGAGGAUUCUGUCAGCCAUCCCGGGUAUCCAUUCUGUUGUGGUAUUACUCUUGCAAAGCUCGCAGCGGUGACAAUGGAUGAGCAAGGCAAUGAAACCUUCGAUACAAGUGGUGCUUUGGAUAAACUACGCAAGUUGGUUCAACUUGAAAGGCUUGCUGUAUACCAUGAUACUAACACUGAGCCAUGGAAGCUAGACAAGAAAUGGGAGGAUCUUACACCUGCAGAAUGGAUUGAGAUAUUUGAAAAUGGCAUUAAUGAAUCGACAAAUAUCAACACGGUGGUAUCUGCAUGGAAUAGGGAGCACAAUUACUUGGUAUAUCCAAUCAAUGGGGUACUUAAAUAUCACCGGCUGGGAAACCAAGAAAGAAGUGAUCCUAGUGUUCCUUAUGAGCAGGCUUCUUUGAUUAUCAGUGAUGUCUCUUUGACAGCUACAGAGAUGCAGUAUCAUGACUGGAUCAGACUUGUGGAGGCUAUUUCAAACUAUAACACAUAUGUAGAAGUUUCUCAUUUAAGACCACUAAUUACAGUUUCAGAGAGACCCAGUUUAUGGUGGCGCUAUGCUGCCCACGCUGGAUUGCAGCAAAAGAAAAUUUGUUACAGGUUCUCGUGGGAUCAAAUCAAACAUCUAUGUAAUUUGCGUCGGUGUUAUGUACAAUUAUAUGCUGAAUUAUUGCAAAAGCUGUCAAAUGUUGAUAAAUCCAAAAUAAGAAGCAUCGAGCAGGAUCUUGAUCCCAAGGUUAUUCUACUGUGGAGGUUUCUUGCUCAUGCAAAAGUGGAGUCUGUCAAAUCAAAGGAAGCAGCUGAACAAAGAAUGCUUAAAAACAGAAGCUGGUUUUCAUUUGCAUGGCGUGCUGCUCCAGAAGAUUGCUCAGCUGGGGAGACUUCUGAGGACUCAAAAUCUGUAGAAGAUACAUUGACCAAGGAUGAAUGGCAAGCCAUCAAUAAAUUGUUAAGUUACCAGCCAGAUGAGGAUCUGGCACUGCAACAUGGAAAGGAGACACAUAAUAUGACACACUAUUUGAUUAAUGUUUCUAUUUGUAGAGCAGCAGCAGCGAUCAUCAAUGUUGAUCAAACAGAAAUUCUUUGUGGGAGAUUCGAAAAUCUUAACUUGUUGACCAAGUUAAAGCAGCGAACCAUACAAUGUGAUGUCUCUUUAAAAUUUUAUGGGCUGUCUGCUCCUGAGGGUUCGCUUGCCCAGAGUGUUUGUAGUGAGCAGAAGGUAAAUGCAUUAGAAGCUAGUUUUGUGCACUCACCAUCCGGAGAAAAUGUUGAUUGGAAGCUAUCCGCAAGGAUUUCUCCAUCUCAUGUCACAGUUUUCAUGGAGAGUUACUAUCGAUUCUUAGACUUUGUAAACAGGAGCAAUGCCAUUAGCCCCACUCUUGCAGUAGAAACUGCAACUGUACUCCAGAAUAAAUUUGAAAAAAUGACUCGGAGAGCGCAGGAGCAGUUUCAAAUGGCAUUGGAAGAGCAAAGCAGAUUUGCUCUUGAUAUUGAUUUGGAUGCUCCAAAAGUUAGAGUUCCUUUGAUAUCACAUCUCUCCUGUAAAUGUGAUAGCCAUCUCCUUUUAGACUUUGGGCAUUUUACAUUGCAAACAAAGGAGGAUGGACAAUCCCAUGAGCAGGGACAAAGUUUGUAUUCUCGUUUUUAUAUCUCUGGAAGGGAUAUAGCAGCAUUCUUCACAGAUUGUGGUUCAGAUCAUCAAACCUGCUCUUUGGCAUCUCAACCUUCUAAUUCUCCUACUUUGGAAGACAUUAAUAAUAUAUAUUCCCUCAUUGAUAGAUGCAGAAUGGCUGUAAUUGUAGAUCAGAUUAAAAAUCCUCAUUCCAGCCAUUCUUCAACACGCGUCUCUGUUCAACUUCCAAGCAUUGGAGUUCACUUCUCACCAGCUAGACUUCACAGAUUGUUGGAAUUGUUUGAUAUACUCCAUCGCACAAUCCCCGAUACUGAACAGCACCCACUUUUUGAAAGUGCACAAGCCGAACUUUUUCCCUGGCACCCACCUGAUCUAGCAACUGAUGCUCGGAUACUUGUAUGGAAGGGAAUUGGAUAUUCCAUUGCUGCUUGGCAACCAUGUUAUCUUGUGCUUUCUGGAUUGUACCUUUAUGUGUUAGAGUCUGAAGGGUCUCACACUUAUCAAAGAUGUUCAAGCGUGGCUGGUAGACAGGUGUUUGAGGUUCCUCAGACAAAUGUUGGGGGUUCCCCAUCAUGCAUUGCUGUCAGUGUCAGAGGCAUGGAUCUACAGAAGGCAUUGGAGUCAUUUAGCACACUGAUAAUAGAGUUUCGUGAUGAGGAGGAAAAAACUACUUGGUUAAGAACACUUGUACGAGCUACGUAUCGAGCUUCUGCUCCCCCAUCAGUUAAUAUACUUAGAGAGCUAAGUGACGGUGCGUUAGAACUUGCUGAGACCCAUUCUAUAAAUGAAGAUAUGGCUGAACUUGUUGUUAAUGGAUCAUUGGUAGAGAUGAAGCUAUCACUGUAUGGGAAGAGUGGAGAUGAGAUUGACAAUACAUAUGAUGAAACACUAAUCCUUGAGGUUCUUGCAGUUGGUGGAAAGGUGCAUGUUUCACAAUGUAGUGGUGACCUAACAGUAAAGAUGAAAUUGCAUUCGUUGAAAAUUAAGGAUGAACUUCAGUAUUCUCUAUCUUCAGGUCCACAAUACUUGGCUUGCUCUGUUCUGCCAGAUCACUCUGCAGCUACCUCGCCUGGUACAACAGAUUCCCAUGGCAAGGAGCUGGCUUUCAUGACAAGGGAAGAGGAAGAUGUAUUCAAGGAUGCCUUACAAGAUUUCCUAUCAUUACCUGAUUAUGGUGAAGCCAUUACCCCGGAGAAGGAUUCAAUUAAGGGAAGAAGUGACUUUGCUGAAGUAUUUUAUGAAACACAAAGCUCUGAUUACUCUGAUUUUGUCUCUCUUUCAUACAUUUCACGUCAACCUAGCUCUCCUGACUAUAAUGGUAUAGAUACACAGAUGAUUAUUAGUAUGUCCAAGUUGGAAUUUUUUUGCAACAGACCUACUCUUGUUGCUUUGAUUGAUUUCGCCAUUGAUGUGAGUUCUGAAAGCAGUGGAGUUGCUGAUGAAAACAUCACAAAAGAUCCAGUGGAUGAGUCAGCUAUUAAUAAAGAGAAGUUAGAAGAGCAUGUGCAUAAAUAUGUAAAAGGAUUGCUAGGUUAUGGAAAAAGCCGUGUUGUAUUUAAUUUGAACAUGAAUGUUGACAGUGUUACAAUUUUCCUUAACAAAGAGGAUGGUUCUCAGCUUGCAUUGCUUGUGCAAGAAUGCUUUAUGCUUGAUAUUAAGGUUCAUCCUAGUUCUACUUCCAUAGAAGGCACAUUGGGAAACUUCCGACUUUGUGAUCUAACACUAGGAUCAAACCAGCAAUGGGGAUGGCUUUGUGAUAUACGUAAUCAAGGGACUGAAUCACUGAUUCAGUUUGCAUUUAGUUCUCACAAUUCUGAAGACGAUGAUUAUGAAGGGUAUGAAUAUAGCCUGUGUGGCCGACUAUCUGCAGUUCGAAUUGUUUUCCUCUAUAGGUUUGUUCAAGAGAUAACUGCAUAUUUUAUGGGGCUUGCCACUCCACAUACUGAGGAAGCUAUUAAGUUUGUAGAUAAAGUUGGAGGGAUUGAGUGGUUCAUAGAGAAAUAUGAGAUUGAUGGAGCCACUGCAAUAAAGCUGGAUCUUUCUCUCGAUACUCCUCUGAUAAUUGUACCGAGGAGUUCCACAAGUGAAGAGUUCAUGCAACUUGACCUUGGCCAUCUUCGAAUUAAAAAUGAGGUUAGCUGGAUUGGAUCCCCUGAAAAAGAUCCAUCAGCAGUCCACAUUGAUGUUCUUGAUGCUGAGGUUGUAGGUAUUAAUAUGGCCGUUGGAAUUAAUGGAUGUAUUGGAAGACCAAUGAUACGUGAAGGCAGAGAUAUUCAUAUUUAUGUGCGCCGCAGUCUUCGGGAUGUUUUCCGGAAGGUCCCUACAUUUGUAUUGGAAGUUAAGCUGUCAAAUUGUGCAGAUGAUCCUGCUGUACUUUAUAUAGGUUUGCUGCAUGGAGUGAUGUCAGAUAAGGAAUACAAUGUUAUUCUUGAUAGUCUCUACGUGAACUUUUCGGAGGAACCUAAACUUCCACCUCCAUUCCGUAGCAACAAAUCUGCUUCAAAAGAUACAAUACGACUGCUUGCUGAUAAAGUGAACAUGAAUAGUCAAAUACUCCUUUCACGCACAGUUACUAUAAUGUCUGUUGAAGUGGGCUAUGCGUUGCUGGAUUUAUGCAACGGAGUCCAUGAGGAAUCCCAUUUGGCUCAUCUUGCUCUUGAGGGUCUUUGGGUGUCAUACCGCAUGACGUCUUUAUCUGAAGCUGAUCUCUAUGUUACCAUCCCUAAGUUUUUGAUUUUAGACAGUCGUCCUGAUACAAAACCUGAAAUGCGCCUGAUGCUUGGAUCAUGCAGUGAUGCUCAUAAACAAAUGUCACCUGAUGUGAACAUUGAUCUUCCAACCUCAACAAUGUUCUUGAUGGAUUGUCGAUGGCGGACUUCAUCUAUGUCGUUUGUUGUUCGGAUUCAGCAGCCUCGCGUUUUAGUUGUUCCUGAUUUUCUACUUGCUGUUUGUGAAUACUUUGUUCCAUCUUUGGGGACAAUAACUGGCCGAGAAGAAGUGAUGGAUCCAAAAAAUGAUCCAAUUGUAAAAAACAGCAGCAUAGUUUUUUCUGCUCCUUUUCAUAAACAGGCUGAAGAUAUAGUGCACUUAUCCCCUAGUAGGCAGCUAGUGGCUGAUGCAGCGGGUAUUGAUGAAUACGUAUAUGAUGGUUGUGGUAAGACCAUCUGCCUCACCGUUGAGGAGGGGAAAGAAAUGCAUUCAUCCGAAGCGAAAUACAUUAUCAUUAUAGGACGGGGCAAGAGGCUGAGAUUUGUGAAUGUAAAAAUUGAGAAUGGGUUGCUAUUGAGAAAGUAUACAUACUUAAGCAAUGAUAGCAGCUACUUUGUGUCCCAAGAUGAUGGUGUUGAAAUUUUGUUUGUGGAGAGUACCAUUGAUAAUGGCAAGAGGAGUCCGGAGAAUAUAGAAGAGUUGUUUUAUACUUCAGAUGCUGUCCAGAGUGGGGCAAGCCAGGCGCAAAGCUAUAGUUUUGAAGCGCAGGUUGUUUCUCCUGAAUUCACUUUUUACGACAGUAGCAAGUCAUCAUUAGACAACUCUUCAUAUGGUGAAAAGCUGCUUCGAGCAAAAGUGGACGUUAGCUUCAUGUAUGCUGCAAAAGAAAAUGAUAGAUGGAUACGGGGUCUCUUGAAGGAUCUAACUGUUGAGGCUGGUUCUGGGCUCAUUAUCCUUGAUCCAGUGGACAUAUCUGGUGGAUAUACUUCUGUCAAGGAUAAAACAAAUAUAUCGUUAUUCUCCACAGAUAUAUAUGCCCAUCUUUCUCUAGGUGUUAUAUCCCUUUUACUCAAUUUGCAAAUUCAAUUAGCAACAACGCUACAGUUUGAGAAUGCCGAUCCUCUGUCCCCUUGUACUCACUUCCAUCGCAUCUGGGUGUCUCCAAAAGAAAAUGGGAUUCUUAACCAUGUUACGUUUUGGAGGCCUCGAGCUCCUCCGAAUUAUGUCAUUCUAGGAGACUGUGUGACCUCAAGGCCAAAUCCCCCGUCUCAAGCUGUUCUGGCCAUUAGCAAUACAUAUGGACGUGUUCGGAAGCCUCUUGGUUACGAGCUCAUAGGUAAAUUGUCUGGAACACAAGGAUCUACUGGUGUAGAUGAUGAGUGUUCUCUUUGGCUUCCAAUUGCACCAGCUGGAUAUAUGGCGGUGGGAUGUGUUGCUCACAUAGGCAGCCAACAACCUCCAAAUCAUAUUGUUCAUUGCAUACGCUGUGAUCUAGUAACAUCAACAACAUAUUCAGAAUGCUUAUUUAGUGCUGCUGUAAGUUCUUCAUUUAUAUCUGGGUAUAGCAUAUGGCGUUUGGAUAAUGCUCUUGGAUCGUUUUAUGCCCAUCAAUCUACCGAGCAUCCUCCAAAAGAAUCUUGUUUUGAUCUCAACCAUCUUCUCCUUUGGAGUUCAAGUUGGUAUCGUUCUUCCUCAAUAUAUCCUUCCACUGAUCUUACAUAUGAACAUGAGUGCAUGCAACCACAUACAUCAGGGUGGGAUAUCGUCAGAUCAAUCUCUAAAGCAACCCCGUGCUAUGUAUCAACUCCAAAUUUUGAGAGAAUCUGGUGGGAUCGGGGUAGUGAUCUUCGUCGACCUGUUUCCAUAUGGCGGCCUAUAUCACGUCCAGGUUAUGCUGUACUGGGUGACUGCAUAACUGAGGGCCUUGAGCCACCACCUCUGGGCAUGAUUUUUAAAGCUGACAACCCUGAAAUUUCUGCCAAUCCUGUGCAAUUUACAAAAGUGGCCCAUAUUCUAGUAAAAGGACUUGAUGAAGCUUUCUUUUGGUAUCCUAUUGCUCCACCUGGUUAUGCUACCUUAGGGUGUGUAGUAACACGACAUGAUGAAGCACCACCUUUGGAAUCUUUCUGCUGUCCAAGGAUGGAUCUUGUUAGUGGAUCUAAUAUUGUUGAGAUUCCAAUCUCAAGAUCAUCAAGCUCAAAAGCUUCUCAAUGCUGGAGCAUCUGGAAAGUUGAAAAUCAGGCUUGCACAUUUCUUGCAAGACCCGAUAUGAAAAAGCCUUCUACAAGGCUGGCUUUUGCUAUCGGUGAUUCAGUGAAGCCCAAGACCAGGGAGAAUGUGACCUCUGAGAUGAAAUUAAGAUGUUUUUCCAUUACCUUUUUGGACAGCUUUUGUGGAAUGAUGACACCACUUUUUGAUGUCACAAUAACAAAUCUCAAACUUGCAACACAUGGUCGGAUAGAGGCGAUGAAUGCGGUACUCAUUUCUUCAAUUGCUGCUUCAACUUUCAACACACGGUUAGAAGCAUGGGAGCCACUUGUGGAGCCAUUUGACGGGAUAUACAAAUUUGAGACAUAUGAGACAAAUAUUCAGUCAUCAUCAAGUCUUGGAAAAAGGCUGCGCAUUGCAGCAACUAGUAUCUUAAAUAUAAAUAUUAGUGCAUCAAAUCUUGGCACCUUGGCACAGACUGUCAAUUCAUGGAGGAAACAGAGAGAGCUCGAACAAAAAGCCAUCAUAUUACUUGAGGAAGCUCGUGGUCGUCAAGAUGCUGACCAUCAGAGUUCAACUCUUUCAGCACUGGAUGAGGAUGAUUUUCAGACUGUAGUAGUAGAAAACAAACUUGGAUGUGAUAUGUAUUUGAAAAAAGUUGAGGAGAACUCUGAUGCAGUUGAAUUAUUACCUGCUGAUUCUUUUGCCUCUGUGUGGAUUCCACCUCCAAGGUUUUCUGACAGACUAAACGUUAUUGAAGAAUCAAGAGAUCAUAGGCGCUAUGUUACUGUUCAGAUUGUUGAAGCAAAGUCAUUACCUGUUGUUGAUGAUGGAAACAGUCAUAAUCUCUUCUGUGCAUUAAGACUGGUUGUGGAGAGUCAGGAUACAAGUCAGCAAAAGGUUUUUCCGCAGAGUGCCAGAACCAAAUGUGUGAAACCAUUAAUUGCUAAACUAAAUGGUCAAGAUGAGGGCACAGCUAAAUGGAAUGAACUAUUCAUUUUUGAAGUUCCCCGGAAGGGAUUGGCCAAGCUGGAAGUAGAGGUGACAAAUCUUGCUUCAAAGGCUGGUAAAGGUGAAGUCGUCGGUGCGGCCUCAUUUUCAGUUGGGCAUGGUUCUAGUGUAUUGAAGAAGAUUGCUUCUGUGAGAAUGCUGCAUUCAACAAGUAAUGCGGAGAAAAUUUUGUGCCACCCACUGAAAAGAAAAGGUCAGCUGAAUAAUGAGAGUGAUUCUCCUGGUUGCCUUUUUAUUUCAACUUCUUACUUCGAAAAGAAAACAACGGCGAACUUCCAAAAUGAUCUAGGGGAGAAGGAUGGAAUUGAGAGUGAUGUAGGUUUUUGGGUGGGUCUUAAUAAACAUGGUCCAUGGGAAAGUAUUCGCUCAUUCCUUCCCAUGUCAGUGAUCACCAAAACAGUGAACAGUGAUUAUUUGGCUGUAGAAGUUGUCACCAAGAAUGGGAAAAAACAUGCAAUUUUCAGAGGACUUGCUACAGUAUGUAAUGAUUCGGAUAUUACGCUGGAAUAUUCGUCAUGUGACGUGCCCGUGAUUCACUCUCAAGAACACAGAACACAUCAAGUUCAGGAGAGAGGAACAAGUGGUUUAAUUAGUCCUGGUUGUUCAUCUGUUUUGCCUUGGAAGUGCACAUUUAAGGAUUCUAAUAAUUGUUUACAAGUUCGUCCUUGCAUUGAUCAUUCUCAAACUGCUUAUGCAUGGGGCCAACCUGUUUUUUUGGGAUCUGCCUAUGUACUUGGAAAGGACCUACUUUCGAUUGAGCAAAGCACUCUAUCGAGGCAAAAUACUUUGAGACAGGGAAACGGUCUACCUGUUUCACCUUUGAAGCUCAAUGAACUUGAAAAAACAGAUCUGCUUUUUUGUUGCCCUGGUGCCACAGGUAAACGGGCUUGGCUCUGCGUUGGUACAGAUGCUUCAGUUCUUAACACAGAGCUAAAUGCCCCUGUUUAUGAUUGGAAAAUAUCAAUUAGCUCCCCUCUGAAGCUGGAGAAUAGACUUCCGUGUGAAGCUGAGCUAAGAAUUUUUGAAAAAAUCAAAGAUGGAAGUAUCAUAGAGCGACAUCAUGGUUAUUUAGCUUCGCGUGAAACCAUGCACAUAUAUUCUGCUGAUAUAAGGAACCCUCUCUAUCUUAUGAUGUUUGUUCAAGGUGGUUGGGCUCUGGAAAAGGACCCUAUUAUGUUUUUGGAUAUUAUAAAUAAUAGCCAUGCCUCAUCAUUUUGGAUGGUCCACCAGCAGAGAAAAAGGACAUUGCGAGUAAGUAUUGAACGUGACUUGGGAGGGACGACUGCUGCUCCCAAAACCAUAAGGUUCUUCGUUCCUUAUUGGAUUACUAAUGAGUCCUACUUGUGUUUGGCAUAUCGGGUCGUGGAAAUCGAACCGGGUGAGAGUGCAAGUGUGGAUUCACUUGUGCUUUCUAGAGCUGCUAAGUCUGCUAAGUUAGCAUUGAGAAGUCCAUCUACUGUGGGACGUAAACAAAUAGGUCCCAGGAAAAUCAUUCAAGUUCUUGAUAUUAUUGAAGAUACCAGUCCAACUCCCAGCAUGCUUUCUCCUCAAGACUAUGUAGGGCGUGGUGGUGUGGUGCUGUUUUCAUCUCGCAAUGAUUCUUAUCCUUCUUCGCGUGUGGGCAUUUCUGUUGCUAUUCAAAACUCUGAAAAUUUCAGUCCUGGUAUCUCUCUUCUUGAACUAGAAAAGAAGCAACGAGUAGAUAUCAAAGCGUUUGGGCCAAAUGGAAAUUAUUACAAGCUUUCUGCUGUGUUGCAUAUGACGUCAGACAGAACGAAGGUUGUACACUUUCAACCACAUACUUUAUUUCUUAAUAGGCUUGGCUGCGAUAUAUGCCUCUGUCAAUGUAAUUCUGAUUUGUUUGAAUGGAUACAUCCAACUGAUCCCCCGAAACAUCUUGCAUGGCAACAUGAUAAAGUUGAAUUGUUGAAGAUAAGGCUGGAUGGUUACAAAUGGAGUGCGCCAUUUAGUGUCGGUGCUGAAGGUCUGAUGUGCAUCUGCUUGAGAAGUGAAACUGGAAGUAGCUUAAUGCAUGUUAGGGUUGAAGUAAGAAGCGGUUCGAAAGAGUCACAUUAUGAAGUAGUUUUCAGGCCGAAGGCAUUUUCAAGUCCUUACAGGAUUGAAAAUCACUCUUUACUUCUGCCAGUUCAUGUUCGACAAGUGGAUGGAACAAAUGAUUCAUGGAGAGUUAUUUUUCCUAAUGCUUCUAUUUCUUUCUCAUGGGAAGAUCUUGGUCGUGAAAGAUUAAUUGAGCUCUUGAUAGAAGGGAAUGACCCUGCUUCUUCAAGGAAAUAUAAUAUUGAUGAGAUCUCUGAUCAUCAGCCCGCCCAUGCAGCUAGAAGACCCGAGAAAGCUUUACGUGUAACUGUACUAAAAGAAGAGAAAAUGAAUGUUGUCAGAAUCAGUGACUGGAUGCCAGUUAAUGAUACACUCACUAAUUUGAAUAGAAGCCCUUCAUCUUCACAUAUCUCUGGCAGUUCUCGUUCUCAGCAGUCCGUAUACACCUCAGAUUCUGAGUUUCAUGCCAUUGUUGAGGUUGCGGAGCUUGGACUAUCUAUUAUUGAUCAUACACCAGAAGAAAUAUUAUAUCUAUCAGUACAGAGUCUUGUGCUAUCUUAUUCAACUGGACUGGGUUCUGGAGUCAGCCGUCUGAAGGCAAGAAUGCGUGGCAUUCAGGUCGACAAUCAGUUGCCGUUAAGUCCUAUGCCAGUUCUCUUCCGACCACAAAGGAUUGAAGAGCACACUGAUUAUAUCUUGAAGUUCUCCUUAACACAGCAGUCCACUGGAUCAUUAGAUUUGUGUGUCUAUCCAUAUAUAGGUUUCCAAGGACCUGAAAAUUCUGCAUUUUUGAUCAACAUUCAUGAACCUAUAAUUUGGCGCCUUCAUGGAAUGAUUCAACAGGCUAGCCUUAGCGGGUUAUUUGAUACACAAAGUACCUCUGUUUCUGUUGAUCCCAUAGUUCAAAUUGGUGCUUUUAACAUUUCGGAAAUCCGAAUCAAAGUAUCAAUGGUAAUGUCACCAUCACAGCGGCCUGUAGGUGUUCUCGGGUUUUGGUCAAGUUUGAUGACUGCACUUGGGAAUACUGAAAAUAUGCCAGUUCGCAUUAAUCAAAGGUUUCUGGAAAAUGUAUCAAUGAAGCGUAGCAUUUUGGUUGGAAAUGCUAUUGCUAAUGUUAAGAAGGAUCUUCUUAGCCAACCUCUCCAGUUGCUCUCAGGUGUUGAUAUACUUGGGAAUGCAAGUAGUGCACUUGGUCACAUGAGUAAAGGUGUUGCUGCCUUGUCAAUGGAUAAGAAAUUUAUUCAAAGUCGACAAAAACAGGAAAGCAAAGGUGUGGAGGACUUCGGUGAUGUCAUAAGAGAAGGGGGAGGAGCUUUUGCAAAAGGCCUUUUUCGUGGUGUCACUGGCAUUUUGACUAAGCCUCUUGAGGGAGCAAAAGCUUCAGGUGUCGAGGGUUUUGUUCAGGGUGUUGGGAAAGGAUUGAUUGGUGCUGCUGCUCAACCUGUUAGUGGUGUUUUGGAUCUUCUAUCAAAAACUACAGAAGGUGCGAAUGCUAUGAGGAUGAAAAUAGCAUCAGCUAUUGCUUCAGAGGAUCAACUCCUUAGGAGGAGGCUGCCUCGAGUGAUUAGUGCUGAUAAUCUGCUUCGACCAUAUGAUGAGUACAAAGCACAAGGCCAGGUAAUAUUGCAGUUAGCAGAAUCUGGAUCAUUUUUUGGCCAGGUUGACCUUUUCAAAGUGCGAGCAAAAUUUGCCCUGACAGAUGCUUAUGAAGACCACUUUAUGCUUCCUAAAGGAAGAAUAAUUGUUAUCACACACCGGAGAGUUUUACUUUUGCAACAACCUUCAAACCUUAUUGCACAAAAGAAGUUUAAUCCCGCAAGAGAUCCGUGUUCAGUUUUGUGGGAUGUCUUAUGGGAUGACUUGGUGACCAUGGAAUUGUCUCCGGGGAAGAAAGAUGCUAUGAAUGGCCCACCCUCACGGCUUAUUAUAUAUCUGCAAAGUCGAUCACUGGAAGGAAAGGACCAAGUUCGCAUCAUAAAAUGCCAGCCCAAUUCUAAUCAAACAUUUGAGGUUUAUUCAUCAAUCGAGCUGGCAAGGACUACUUAUGGGCCACGUGAUUCAAAGGUUAUGCUUAAGAGGAAAGUGACAAAACCGUAUUCACCUGUUGCUGAUUCUGCCAGCACUGAAGUAAUUUCUAAUAAAGAGGGAGGUGGGGCCUGGUCACCUCAACCGAUGCCAACUUCAACUUUUGGAAGCAGCGAACAAUGAACCGGAAAGUAGUAUAGAUGUGGUUGGGUAUCCGUUAUCACAACACAGCGUAAAUUCAUAUCAUGGCCCCCACCCCCAGUCUUCUUUUCCUCACACUUUGCUUGCAUUCCAUAGACAAAAUGGUGUGUUCUUUACUAGUUAUAGCUGCUUAUUGUUAAAGGAAUUUCAUUGCUGGUGGUAUUUCCCUCACUGCUGUGCAAGUUUUCGUCAAGCUUCAAUUUUCUCACUGUCACCUCAUUUCUUGAUCUUCUUGUUGCGUGUGUUUGUGAACUCUUCUCUCUAAACCCCUUAAUCUGGCUUCACAAUUGCAUUGCAUACCCAAUGUUUUGUCAAGAAAUGUCAAGUUUGAAUUCUGAAUUAUUUUGUUGUAGCAAGUCUUAAUAUUUUUUUCUUUACCAAAAUCUCUGUUGCAGGUUUUAGAGGCACUAUUCACGGAUUAAAAAAUAUUGGUGAGAUACAUAUGGAAGAGUUGUGUUGAAGGGUUGCUGGCGAGAUGAAUAGACUUGUUUGGCGAGUGCUUUGUGAAAUGUGAAGCCCUCCACUCCCAUGUGUAUAGCUCGGCUAGUGAAAUGUGAAUCCUUGCUGUACAGUCUUCUCCCCUUUUAAAAGUUAAUAUUCACACCUCCGGUUAAAGUGGCUUUUACUCCUAGGGAGGGCCAGCUUUAAUUUUUUGAAUGUGGUUGGCUUUUACUCCAAACUCAUACGACACAAACAAAAUCUGGAACGAGUUGUCUUUUUAAAAAUUGUCUGUGAAACAGACACUUGUUUGCUUAGUCUAAAAAAUUUAGUCUGUGAUGUAAAUGUAUUGUACAUGUAGCAUGUAACUCAUUAUGGCAAGAGAAUGUGCCCAAGGACAUUUUUAAUGCCAAGUAAAUAAUUGUGUCCCUG